GAAACAAACACUUGUUGGUUUCUAUUUUCCCCAGAUUUUUUCUGAAUUAGGGUUUUCUGAUCAUUCCCUCUCUCAUUGUUUCUUCUCCGUCUCACGUUGGCGAUUUGAUCAGAAACACAGCAAACGCUUCACCUCUCUCUUCCCUUAGGUGGAUACUUUUACAAGGUGUGGGAAUAAUAAUAUGGAAGGUUCAGAGGACGCUGCUCCUAUUCAAGAGCCUCCUGACCCUGAAGUCCUCGAAGCUGAUCCUACUCUUCGUUAUAUUCGUUAUAAAGAGGUUAUCGGUAAAGGCGCUUUCAAAACAGUUUACAAGGCGUUCGAUGAAGUUGAUGGGAUUGAAGUCGCGUGGAACCAAGUCCGAAUAGAUGAUGUUUUGCAGUCUCCUAACUCCUUGGAGAGGCUCUACUCUGAAGUGCGUCUUUUGAAAUCGUUGAAGCACGGUAACAUCAUCAGGUUCUACAACUCGUGGAUCGAUGAUAAGAACAAGACUGUUAACAUCAUUACUGAGCUUUUCACUUCUGGGAGUCUCAGGCAUUACCGCAAGAAACACAGGAAGGUGAAUAUGAAGGCCGUCAAGUGUUGGGCGAGACAGAUUUUAAUGGGUUUGAGAUAUCUUCACACUCAAGACCCGCCCAUUAUACACAGAGAUCUCAAGUGUGAUAACAUUUUUAUCAAUGGGAACCAUGGAGAAGUGAAGAUAGGAGAUCUUGGCCUAGCUACUGUCAUGGAGCAAGCUCAUGCCAAGAGUGUCAUUGGAACCCCAGAGUUUAUGGCACCUGAGCUUUACGAUGAGAUCUACACCGAGCUAGCUGAUAUCUAUUCGUUUGGGAUGUGUAUGUUGGAGAUGGUGACAUUUGAAUACCCAUACUGUGAGUGCAGAAACUCUGCUCAGAUUUACAAGAAGGUCUCAUCGGGAAUAAAACCUGCUUCACUCUCUAGGGUUCAAGACCCGGACGUAAAGGAGUUUAUCGAGAAAUGCUUACUUCCUGCGUCCGAGAGGUUAUCAGCACAAGAGCUUCUGUUGGACCCUUUUCUUCAAGUGAAUGGUUUAACGAUGAACAACCCUCUGCCACUACCCGACAUUGUAAUGCCUAAAGAAGGUGCGUUUGGAGAGCGUUGCCUUAUGUCUGAAGGCCCUCCUGCAACACGGCCGAGUAAACCCAUGUCUAUGGAUCUCGAUGACGACAGUAACCUGCCGAUUGUUACUUUUAGCGACAACUCGGGAGCAAGGUGUAUUGAGGUCAGACGCGCAAAGAGAGGGAACUUCUUCGUCCUCAAGGGUGAAGAAAACGAUGAGCAGUCCGUCUCGCUGAUUCUUCGUAUAGUCGAUGAGAAUGGACGAGUGAGGAACAUUCAUUUCCUCUUCUAUCAAGAAGGUGACACUGCUUCAAAGGUGUCGAGUGAGAUGGUUGAGCAACUCGAGUUGACUGACCAGAACGUCACGUUUAUAGCGGAACUGAUCGACAUACUGCUUGUCAACAUGAUACCCACGUGGAAAACUGACGUCACGGUCGAUCAUCUCAUCCAUUCGCAGCUGAACCAGAGCUCAAGAAGCCAUCAGAACGAAGCUAAUAAGCCGCAGAGUCAAGAGGAGGCCGCUUUUCACGACGCUUGUGAGUCGGUUAGGCACUCUUGGACCUCGGAUUGCCCAAGAUCAGAAGAUGAAGAGAAGCAGUAUGUGGAUGCCUUAAAAGGAGAAAACGGGAGCUCUAACCAAGAAGCAGAGGAGGCAACAGAACCGGUGAGUUUGGAGGAAGAAGAGAGGUUAAGGCAGGAACUGGAGGAGAUAGAGGCUAAGUAUCAGGAAGAGAUGAAAGAGAUAGCAAAGAAGAGAGAAGAAGCAAUAAUGGAGACAAAGAGAAAGCUAUCUCAUAAGAAGGUAGAACAAGCUGUUUAAGUAGUUUUAAAAAAAAAACACAACAAAGACAUAUCAUUGGUGGAUUUCUUUUUUUAUUUUCCGAGUUUAAUUUUGUUUCUUGAACAAGAACAAGCACUUCGCUCUCCCUGAAAGUGUAGAAAGUUUCCUACAGUGUGAAGAGUUUCUCAUGGUUUUGUUGUUUCUUA